AUGGUGAGCAAAAGUAACUUUCCGAAUCUGCACAUCUUCAAUGUCUUGGCAGACAUCUGUUGUAAAGAAGGCUGCAAAAAGCUUGAUCGAAAUGAUGACUUAAAAGAGAUAUUGAACCUGACACAGUUCUUAUACUUAUGGAUGUUUAUUGCUUGCAAGGGGAAAUGGAAUGCGGCGGAAAAGUUUUUGGAACAAAUGCUCAGCAAGGGAUCCAUUGUUCAUGCUUAUAGUUAUGGCAGAUUGAUAAAUGGCUAUUGUAAGCUUAGAAGAAUAGAUGAGGCACUGAUGCUUCUUGAGGAAAUGUCUAGUAGCAGUCUUGUUCCUAAUAUCGUUACUUACACCACUCUCAUGGAUGGUUUUUGCAAAGUAGGGAGAACAGAAGAUGCACAAAAGUUGUUCGCUCAGGUGCAAGCUUGCGGCCAAUUUCCGAAUGUUCAAAUCUAUGCUGUUUUAUUGGAUGGCCUGUGUAAAAACCAACAAUUUCCCGAAGCAAUAAAAUUGUUAAAAGAUAUGGAAAUUGGAAAGUGA